AUGUAUGAGGUGAAGCAGAAACAGCUUAAAAUGGGGAGAGUUCUUAUUGCCAAUGUCAAUGUCAAUCAUUCUAUCGGGAUCGCCACAAUAGUCAUUCCUUUUGAUCUACCUAAUCCUGCUUUGUACGCAGUUGUUCUAGAGGUGAAAGAUGUCGCCAAUAACGUCAAACAAGCAAGGAGAUUUGUAAUGUUUGAUAAUUCUUCAAAGGUGUUCGCAAGAGAUAACAUUCCCUUAUAUUCGACAACUGCAACAGAUAGUACCGAUAGAAAGUGGCAAACUAACCAUGGAGAUCUGUGUUAUUCAUGGAUAGGCAGAUAUUACAAUGACAAAUUUAACGAUUUAAACCUGCUACAACCCAUAAAACCGGACUAUCACGGACAUAUUAGCGGUAUAUAUGAACAGAACUCAGGGAUUCUUCCCGUUUCUGGAACUGAAAACAUUGAUGGAAUAACAAAUUUCUAUUUUUCACUUGCUAAUGACACUAAAAUAAUCUUUAACAACGAAACAGUUCCAAAUUUCACAUCGCAGAAAAUAUGUUUGUCUCUACCUCUGUGUGACGGGGAAACAUACCGUUUUAAUGUUGUGGCACAAGACAUUAUGUUUCAUGCAUAUUCCGAACAUAUAUACACUCAUAUCGAUUCAAGCGAACCUGAAAUUUUCGAUAUUGGACUAGAAAAAGACGAUUAUCAGCUUUUAAAUGUCCAUAACAGUUCGGAUCUUUCUAAAAUGGUCCUGAAAUUCAAUGCGUUGGACAUACACAGUGGUUUGCACUCUGUGGCUUGGUCUCUUGGUACGUCAUUUGGAGGAAACGAUAUUGGAAAUGGUUCAUUAGGAAUAGUUCGACUAACACGCAAUGAAUCUUGUUUGGAGCAUUCGAACUGCUACUGUCCUUCUGUUGGCCCAUGCGCUUAUUUCAACUUCACUCUGAUGCUUAAUUCACUGGUGCAUCUCAAUACACACAAAGGUAAUCACAAUCGCGCGUACCACUUUACAAUCUCUGUGACAAAUGAAGCCAGACUGUCCUAUGUUGAACACAAAGAAGUGUUAGCCGACGACUCACCUCCGGCCAUUGGUGUUGUCAGAGAGGGAUCACUCGGGGGAUUGGACAUCGACUACACAAGUAAGGAGACGGUUAUUGCACACUGGGAUGGCUUCAUAGACCACGAGAGUGGUAUCCGUUCCUACAGAGUAGGAUUGGCUAGAUGGUGUUUGGAGGAAGAAGCGUUUAGAAAUAAUAAAACCAGCGGUGUACUCGAAACAACAAUCAUUGAUACGAUAGAAAAGUCCGCCCGUUUAACACUGACAGAAGAAGGACAAUACUUUGUCACAGUGGUGGCAUACAAUAACGCCAUGGAACUAUCCAAUCCUGUUUGCUCAGAUGGUGUCGUGCUGGACAGGACUCCUCCCGUGGUAGUCAAUGUUACCAUACAGAGUGCGUCUGUCACCGAGGCGAUGGUGUGUUCUGACGAAAAAGCAUGGUACGUAACAAGGAAUCUGACUAGGUACGUAGUCCGAGACGACCACUGUAACAAGCUUUGCAGAAAUACAUCCUCGAACGAUUUCCUGUUAUUAUUACCAGUGGAAGCCUCUCGCGAACCAUACCAAUCAAGUUCCUGUUUGAUCAGUGACAGUCAUGUCACUAUUUACCUCCCCAUUGACCUUAUUCAUCUUCAAUGGAACAUUCUUGAAUUGGGCAGUCAGAUUCACGACGUUUACAUAGGGAUUGGUUCUACAAAAGAAAGCAGUGCAUCUCCAGAUCUGAUAGACUAUCACAAAGCACCACACACAUAUCGCUACAAGAAGAGACAUGUCGGCCUCAGUGACAGCGAUGAAAUCUACAUAUUUCUUAAAAUCACAAACAGUGCUGCCCUAACAACUAUUUCGACUAUCGGUCCAGUUAUCCUUCACGUGUUUAACAAAGCAGGAUAUCACUGUACAGUAAACACCGACACUUUUCAUUUGCCAUCCCAGAGUCCUCCCGGACAUGGUGUUGUAUAUGAUGUCACGAGUGACAUCACUAGUUACUUUGACAGAAAACAAGACAUUGACGUUGCAAUCCUGCCUGACGAAUUUUGUAUCACGUGGGAAGGAUUUGAUCACUAUGGUGAUAUUGAAUUCCAGCUUGGUUUAGGGAAAAUACCAGGGUCAGAUGAUAUCCUCCCAUUCCAUGUUGUCCCGAAUAUAGAGAUAUAUUGUGAAAAUGCGAAAAAUCUUUCACUCUAUCGUAAGAACUUUGUUACGGUACGUGCAAUCACCUCCGGAGGAUCGGUACUGGCGAUAUCGGAUGGAUUCACAAUUAUAAAUUCAUCAGACAUUACAGAUUCUGUGCGGGUGUAUGAUGGGCACGGUUGCACCAGAACCUCACGAGCUCGUAUGGAGCUCAAAGUCGGCACAACUUAUAUAUACAUUCCCAGCGAAACGACCCUACACAUCGGGCAUACCUACACGCUUGCGUCCAAUAUAUCAAAAUGCCAGAAGAUGCCGCUUUAUCCUCACGUGGAUAUAUUGACUUGUGUAGAAGUAUACUGUCCUGUUGGUUCCAUUGGAGUCAUCUGUGUCCCACUUGCUGUAACAGAGGACCCGAAUGUGUUCGAUAAAGUCCGACUGUAUGAGGUGGACUCUGACGCAGAUGAUAUUAGACACAACAAGGAUUUGUUCUAUGCCACGAACAUCGGAGACAAGAUGGCCUGGCUACACGGUGCCGAACUUGAUUUCACAAAGGACUCCGUAAGACCUGGCGGGAUUAUUCUUGGAAUGGGAGAUCGACCAAUCUGUUGGUAUCUAGUCAGGGAUUCUCACAAUUUCAGCCAACCGUGUGAGGAAAAUCCUAAUUGUGUGGCGUCCGUAGUAACUCUUGGAGGGUUUUCCGUCUUUCAGGGUGUCAAUCUGGAACAUGAGAUUAUGUACUUUAUUUGCGCUAUCACUAAGAUAAAUGAAGAUGCAAUUUCCUCAUUUCAAACCUGUGGAAAUGGAUUUGUCAUUGAUGUGAAUCCACCUUCUACUGGCGAGGUCACGAUCGCGUCCGAGAAAGGCUUCCUUGUAGAAAAGGCUAGUCUUAUCGUACAUUGGACCGGGUUCCAGGAUUUCCAUGGAUAUCAAACGUUGGGCUAUCCAACUUCUAUAGCAAGAUUUACUUAUUCGAUAGGAAGUAAUCCCCAUGGACAAGAUGUUGUGGCUGAAACCGACGUCGGCCUGUAUGAAUCCGUGAAAAUCCAUAACCCAUCACUUCAUACAGGGGAAGUAUAUUACGCCACAGUUACAGCAUUCGAUCAAGUAGGACAUUCUACCUCUGCCGUGUCAAGAGGGGUUAUGUAUGACAAUACUGCACCAGUAACUGGUGCCGUACAAGUUGGAACCUAUCUGAAAAGCACAGACAUUGUCGCAGAGGAAAUCAACGUACAUUUGAUCGGCUUCCAUGAUAAUGAGAGCGGCAUUUCUAAAAUUCGUCUAGGCAUCGGGUCAACUCAACAUAUACCCGAUGUCCUCAACUAUCAAGAUUAUGUCGGAGAGUUUGCUUCUUUGUCAAACUUCACAGCAUUGCAUGAUGGCCAUCACUACUAUGUCAUUAUCCUUGUUACAAACGGAGCAGGGUUAUCUUCUGUUGCGGCUUCGGAUGAAUUUGUUGUGGACCGGUCUGCACCAACAGAAGGCGUUGUUCGAGAUGGCCGCUUGAGCGCUGAUGUUGAUUUCCAAGCAAACACAACCCACAGUGGUUGUCACUGGUCAGGGUUCAGUGACCCGCACUCAGGAAUCAGAUACUACUCGGCCGGACUGGGAACAGUGCCUCUCAUGGAUGACGUCAGACCAUUGUCUUUCACUGGAACGAAAACAGAAGUGCAAUGGACGUUUAACUUUGUUCCUGGAUCAAUUUACUACUGUACGGUUCAAGCAUGUAACGGAGCUGGACUUUGUUCAUCUGUAUCAUCAAACGGCUUUACUACAGACAAUUCGCCACCACUUCCGGGGAUCGUUCAUGUUGGCCUUGAUGGUCACCACUCCAGAUUUUGGGCACAUGCGAAUUCAAUUCAAGUUCAGUGGUUUGGAUUCGUUGACGUGGAAUCCGGUAUACAAAAUUAUGAAGUUUGUGUCAGACACACAAAUAACAGUGAAUGUGAUAUUUUAUCUUUUAUUAAUGUAUUUCUGUCCAACACUAUGACGCAUCCUGUCCGUUUACCACGGAGUGUGUCGCUAACCGUUGAAGUCAGGGCCUACAACCCCCUCAACAUGUCAACCAAGAGUGUUUCCGAUAGUUUUAUAGUCGAUACCACGCCUCCAGUGCUGGUUACUUCUCCGGUCCUGGGAGUAGAAAACAGAAGCUCAAAUGUUGUAACAGUUCAAACUGAUCCCUCGGUUAUAAUGUUGAAAUGGAAAUUCGCAGACGAAGAAAGUCCUAUUGUGAAGCAAAUGAUUUCUGUAAGAACACAUGAAGAUGGCCAUACACCAAUAAAAACCAUUUAUCUCUCCGGCGAGACAGCUCAUACGAUUACCUUAGACCCUAACAACUGGAUGAGAUCUGGAGACACCUACACUGCAAUUGUGACCGCUUGCAAUGAGGCGGGACUCUGUACGUCUUCGAAAUCAAACGAAUUGCUUGUCGAUUCGACUCCUCCUCAUCUAGGAGGGUUCAAGGAACCCCUGCACUGGCAUAUAUCUUCCUACUCACAAGAAACCUUGUCUUUUGUUAAUCUGACACUAUACGGGUUUAAGGACAUCGAGUCCGGGAUCAAGUCUUACUACGUCACAGUAGGUGACACCUACAGCGGUUCAGAAAUAAGUGACGGGGUCCUUACUUUUCUCCCGUCUGGAUCUGACGGUGAAUCUGAAGAAAUUCAGCUUAUUCUGACAGAGCACAUCCAGCAAGGACAACAUUUGAUAUUGUCACUCUGGGCUGAAAAUAACGCUGGCCUCCUCAGUAACACUGGGAAAGUGACAGUCACAGCUAUAGUGUCAAGCAAUAUGAGAACCUUUGGAUAUUUGGAAAUAUUAAAACAUUCCUGUGACGCUCAUUAUUGUAAUAAGGAGUGCACUUGCGCUGUUAUAUCACAGAAGUGUCACGAAGUUGAUGUAGAUGUCGAUUGUAAGGAAAAUAACCAGACAGACGAUUAUGAUGUGAAAAUAGAUAUUCCGUUUGACGGUCAAUACAAUCACCAAGAAUUCUUAGCAACUUCCGCCUGUAUUUCCGCUAAUUGGAUAGUAACUGGUAUACGGGGACAGGACAUCAAACGAAUGGAAUGGAGCAUGGGACAGCUAGGUAUGCCAGUUGGAACGGGAGUAUUUGAUCCUCUGUUAGAAAAUCAGUGGCAUGAUGUCGGGAAAGGGACGUAUGUAACACAUUGCUUGCUCAGAGGAAAUCAUCUUCUCCACAACACAAAAUAUGUUGUCUACGUUAGAGCGUGGACAUCUACGUCAGAUUAUACUGUGUUCACGUCACAUCCGGCACAUAUAGACAACACUUAUCCCUCCGUAAGGAAAGGAAAAUAUAUAACUGAGAAUCAAAAACGAACAUGCAGUUAUGAUGUGGACUUCACCACGACCUUAGACACUGUAACAGCCUGUUGGACAGGUGUGUUUACCGACCCACAGAGUGGAAUACGUACCCACCAAGUGGCGCUAGGGACUAUACCUGGAGGUGACGAUGUCGUACCAUUUAAAAACGUAGGAAUCAAUACCUCGAUGUCAUGGGACAAUUUGUCGCUUUCUCCGGGUACAAAGUAUUUCGUGACUGUUACGUGCAUAAACAAUGUGGGACUCCUUAAUACGCUUGUCUCUGACGGCUUCAUAGUGGACAAUGAACGCCCGUAUGCCGGGAUUGUGUACAACACCGACCGAUUUAAUAACGCCCACGUGCAAAAAUCACGGGAUAUCGGAGUAUCGUUCCGGGGUUUCCAUGACAGACAUUCCGCAAUAAAAAGUUAUUCUGUCGCCUUUGAUAAAUCAUAUGCAAAUUUUACGACAGAAAAUAAGUCAUUAGUAUUUCAAAACAUAGGUUUGAGAAACACAUUCAAGUUUUAUAACACAUCUCUCGUAACUGGGCAGUGGUAUAGGUUUGCCGUAAAAGCUCGGGACUCAGCAGGAUUCGAAAGCGAGAUGGUGUUUUCGCCUCCGGCCAUGUUUGAUUCGACACCUCCAGUUCAUAUUAACAUCAGUUCAAUAUCCGUGAUGGAGGAAGUGACUUCGUUGAACGGAACAUUAUAUUGGGUGAAAUCUCUAGAUGGUGUGAAAGGGCCAACUGUUUAUAAACUACAUAUUUCUUCUGUAAACAUCACAUCAUCAAACGUCUUUGAAGUUUCAUUUGAAAACGAGAAGCAGAUUCAUCCCGUUACGAUAGAGAGAGAUGGUAUAUGUACAGCCGCCAUUUCUUUCAUCAGCUCUCCGUUCUAUUUUGGCAAUCGCUCACUUUCAGUUCUCGCUCGUGGGAUACCUUUAAACACAACUCUUGAUUUCACCUUAUCAAUAUCUGAUGACGUCACAGUGACAGGUCAAAUUGACAAUGUGAUUGAAGUCCAACAGGUGUCUCCAACGGAACUCAAGAUCAACACCCAUAUUAUGGACGCGGAGAGUGGAGUCAGAGACAUCUAUGUUGGUGAAAACAGAAUGAAACGGACGUUGUACAAUGACGAUGGAAUAAAAGGAGUAGAGACGCCUUAUAUACUGUUAGAUCAUGGAGCUGAUAUAUUUGCACGUAUAACAUGUUGGAAUAGUGCCAAUCUGCAAAAGUUCAUCAUGCUUGGUUCCAAAACUGUCACACUCUUUGCACCUGAGGUCACAAAUGCAAGAAUUGCCUUUGAAACCGCUUGGGAAACAUAUUCUGGACUUCCGGUAAUGCUCUCUUCUUCGGAGGUAAUAUUUUCAUGGGAAAUAUUUGAUGACACUAAGGGAAUCAAUGGCUAUUCUUACAGAAUCUGUCAAGGCACUCAACAUGUCACUGAUUGGAAAAAUACCGAGCUACGAAAUUAUGCUUCCUUGGACCAUGCGCUGCUAUUGCAAGAUGACAUUUAUACGGUGGAAGUUAAAGCGUGCGAUAAUGGCGAGAUGUUCUGUCAAGCAGUAAAUGGAUCCUUUCUGAUAUCAGGGAAGUCACCAACCCUAACAGGACUCCAUCCAACAGUCACUAGAGUCGACAGUGGUGUUUUGCUUACCUGGGACGAUGUCUUCAACGUUCAGUCGGAACUUCUUCCACGAUACACAGUGACAGCUGGUACCGAUGUGGGAUACUCAGACCUUUUACGUCUAGUAAAAACUACAGACCGCCAAGUGAGUUUCAAAGAUUUCAACGGAAGUGACGUAUUCGUUAGUAUCACGUGUUCAUAUGUAACUGGACUGUUUACAACAUUCAGAGGGAAAGUAGCCACGUUUUAAUACUUUGUUGUUACACUUGUCAACCGAACGCUUUUAACCAGAUUAUUUUUCAAUUCUUUUUAAGCAAUCAUUCAGCACGGAAUUACAUUGUUAUGUUUGGCCAGUUUGUGCUCCAAACAAACAGUAUUUUGAGCUUUGAUUUCAAUAUUGAUUGGUGUGACAGCAUUUGAAUAUAGCAAAUACAUGUAUUAUAGUUUUUCAAAUGAACAUAGGCGAUUGUUUACAUGCCAGAAUGCCUAUAUUUUCAAUGCAAUUUCAUGAUCUGCUUUAAAUUUCAAGACAGUAUAAAAUGUAUUAACGAAAUCCUUGCUUGUAUUUUGAUGUUUCGUGAUUGUUUUCUUUGUAUGUACCUAAAGGAAUAA